AUGACUGAUAUCAUCGCCGGUCAAGCUCUGCCCUGCCUCUCUGUUCCUUCAGAGAAGGAAAAGAAGUAUGAUCGCCAGCUCAGAUUAUGGGCCGCCAGUGGCCAGGCUGCUCUGGAGUCAGCCAAUGUACUGCUGGUCAACUCCGGCUCGGGAACUAUAGGCGUAGAAACACUGAAGAAUCUCGUUCUCCCAGGUAUCGGAAAAUUCACCAUCGCCGACGACACUACCGUGACUGAGGCUGAUCUGGGUGUCAACUUUUUCCUUGACGAGAGCUCACUGGGUAAGUCUCGUGCACAGUGCUGCACCGAGCUACUUCUUGAGCUCAACCCAGAAGUGGAGGGUGAUUGGCAUCCUCGUAACUCGGUGAGCUACCACAGAAUGAACCAUAUCAAGGAGCUCAUGUGCCAACUACAGGAACAGGAAACCCUGGAACUUGGAGAAGUUCUAGGCAGUGACAGCCCUUUCACAAUCAUCCUGUAUACGCUGCCCAUCAGACCCGAACAUCUCAGCGCACUCGAGUCCUACAGCCGAGAACGCAAGACGCCACUCAUCGCCAUCCACUCAGUGGGGUUUUACGCUUACUUCAGGCUACGUCUCCCUGGCGUCUACCCCAUCGUCGACACUCACCCAGAUGCAACUGCCACCACGGACUUGCGUCUUCUGACACCUUGGGAAGAACUGACGGCUUUUGCCGAGAACAUGACCAAGGAUAUCGACGGCCUUGAUAACCACGAGCACGGUCACUUGCCGUUCGUAGUGAUUCUUUUACAUUACCUCAAAGUGUGGAGAUCAACCCAUGAUGACGUGCCGCCCACCAACUAUAAGGAGAAAGUCGAGUUCCGCAAGAUGGUGGCCAACGCUGCCAGGGUCGAUAACGCAGAAGGUGGCGAGGAAAACUUUGAAGAGGCUGUCGCUGCGGUCUUGAAAACCAUCUCGCAGCCAUCCCUGCCCAGUGCUGUAAAGCAGGUGUUUGAGUACCAGCACAAUAACGAGUUGGAAUCAACAUCAAGUUUCUGGGUCAUUGCUGCUGCAGUUCGCAAUUUCUACGAGAAGCACAAAUGUCUGCCGCUGCCCGGCGGUCUUCCGGACAUGAAGGCCCAAUCGAGCGUCUACAUCAAGCUACAAAACAUCUACAAGGACAAGGCUCGCAAGGACGCCGCUGAGGUUCUGAGCAUUAUUCGCCAAAAUCCUUGUGGCGAAAGCGUUGACCCAGCUGAAGUUGACAUGUUUUGCAAAAAUGCCGCUUUCAUCAAGUUAAUCAUCCCCGCAACUGACGGGGACGGCCAACUAAGAAGCGUAGCUCAACAGGAAUUUGCCAACGAUGAGCUGGCUAAGGACCCGUCGAUGCCGAUGCCUCUUUCACUUCUGCCAAUAUAUCUUGCUCUCCAUGCAACAUCUCACACAUCUUCGGCCACACCGGAUGACAUCAUGGCAUCCGUCCAGAAAAUCUUGCCAGAUGCUGAUGGCAACAAACGAGUCAUCGAAGCCGCUCACGAGGUGUCCCGUGCUCGUGGCGGAGAACUUCACAACGUUUCCGCCACGGCAGGCGGCAUGGUGGCCCAGGAGACGAUCAAGAUAAUCACGAAUCAGUACAUCCCAAUAGAGAACACGUGCAUAUUCGACGGCAUUGGGAGCCGGACCCAGGUACUUCGCUUCUAG